UUAGUUGGCGGCGCUGGUGCGGGUCUGCUGCGGGAGCGCGGCCGGGACUGGUGAGCCUGCCCGGGGCGGCGGCGGCGGCAGCAGCGGGGACUGCGUGGGGACUGCGCGGGGGCUGCGGGGACUGUGGAGCUCGAGGGGGGUGGCAUAAGGCCGGUGCACCAUGUCCGUCAGUGUUCACGAGACCCGCAAGUCGCGGGGCAGCACAGGCUCCAUGAACAUCUCCCUCUUCCACAAGGCCUCGCACCCUGACUGCGUGCUGGCCCACCUCAACACACUGCGUAAGCACCGCAUGUUCACCGAUGUCACGCUCUGGGCUGGUGACCGCGCCUUCCCCUGCCACCGGGCAGUGCUGGCGGCCUCCAGCCGAUACUUUGAGGCCAUGUUCAGCCACGGCCUGCGGGAGAGCCGGGAUGAUACGGUCAACUUCCAGGACAACCUGCACCCCGAGGUGCUGGAGCUGCUGCUGGACUUCGCCUACUCCUCGCGCAUCGUCAUCAACGAGGAGAAUGCAGAGUCGCUGCUGGAGGCCGGUGACAUGCUGCAGUUCCACGACGUCCGGGAUGCGGCAGCCGAGUUCCUCGAGAAGAACCUCUCCCCCUCCAACUGCCUGGGCAUGAUGCUGCUGUCCGAUGCCCACCAGUGCCGGCGGCUCUACGAGUUCUCCUGCCGCAUGUGCCUGGUGCACUUUGAGACGGUGCGGCAGAGCGAGGACUUCAACAGUCUGUCGAAGGACACGCUGCUGGACCUCAUCUCGAGCGACGAGCUGGAGACGGAGGACGAGCGUGUGGUCUUUGAGGCCAUCCUGCAGUGGGUGAAGCAUGACCUGGAGCAGAGGAAGGCUCACCUGCCGCUGCUCCUGCGCAGCGUGAGGCUGGCCCUGCUGCCCUCGGACUGCCUGAAGGAGGCCGUGUCCGGGGAGACCCUCCUCAUGGGGGACGAGCGCACCAAGCUCAUCAUCGAUGAGGCCUUCCGCUGCAAGACCAAGAUCUUGCAGAACGACGGCGUGGUCACCAGUCCCUUUGCCCGGCCACGGAAGGCCGGCCACACGCUGCUCAUCCUGGGGGGCCAGACCUUCAUGUGCGACAAGAUCUACCAGGUGGACCACAAAGCCAAGGAGAUCAUCCCCAAGGCGGAUCUGCCAAGCCCCCGGAAGGAGUUCAGCGCCUCGGCGAUUGGUUGCAAGGUCUAUGUGACGGGAGGCAGGGGCUCUGAGAAUGGGGUCUCCAAGGAUGUCUGGGUAUAUGACACUGUCCACGAGGAGUGGUCCAAGGCGGCCCCCAUGCUGAUUGCCCGCUUUGGCCAUGGCUCGGCUGAGCUGGAGAACUGCCUCUAUGUGGUGGGGGGACACACAUCUCUAGCAGGCAUUUUCCCUGCCUCUCCUUCUGUCUCCCUGAAACAAGUAGAGAAAUAUGACCCCGUGGCCAAUAAGUGGACUAUGGUGGCCCCGAUGAGAGACGGUGUCAGCAACGCCGCCGUGGUGAGCGCCAAGCUGAAGCUCUUUGUGUUCGGAGGGACCAGCAUCCACCGGGACAUGGUGUCCAAAGUCCAGUGUUUUGACCCCUCCGAGAACCGGUGGACAAUCAAGGCGGAGUGUCCCCAGCCUUGGCGAUACACGGCCGCCGCUGUCCUGGGCAGCCAGAUCUUCAUCAUGGGAGGUGAUACGGAGUACACAGCAGCCUCAGCCUAUCGCUUCGACUGUGAGACCAACCAGUGGACUCGGAUUGGGGACAUGACGGCCAAGCGCAUGUCCUGUCAUGCCCUGGCUUCGGGCAACAAGCUGUAUGUCGUGGGAGGCUACUUUGGGACGCAGAGGUGUAAGACCCUGGACUGCUACGACCCCACUUCAGACACGUGGAACUGCAUCACCACCGUGCCUUACUCUCUCAUCCCCACGGCCUUUGUCAGCACCUGGAAACACCUGCCUGCGUGAGGGGCACCUCCGGAGCCCAGCCAGGCUGCGUGGUUCUUCCCACCUGGGCCGGAAGCUGACAGCACCAUCUCCGGGCAGCAGCGGCUCAGGCUGUCCUGAGCUUUAGGCAGAAGAGUGAAGAUCUCCGACAACAUCUGUGCUCGGGCUUCGUAAGCUGCCAGCGGCUUGUGUGGAGAGAAGGUUCCGGAGGCAUGGGCUGUCACCAGGAACUCUGGGCUGGGGGGUGUCAUUCAUGCAAAGCCUUGAGGUCACCUCUGUCAGACAGGCCUGACAAGGGCUGGCAGGGGAACAGCAGGGGUCCCUUGGCACCAGCAGCACAGCCUUUGACUGCCGGGCUGCCUGCGGGAGGUGGCAAUGUUGUUCCAUAGUGUCCUGGACAUCAGGGAGCAGAGUGCAACUGAGGACAUUGUAUAAGGGACAGAAACCCACAGGGCAGCCCACCCUCUGAUGGCACCCACAGGCUUUUUCAGCAGAUGGCACCAGACCCCCAAGGCCAAGGGGAAUUUUCCUCUGUGCCCAUUGCCAAGCACUAGCCUGUCCCUCUAAGGGGGGAGUUCCAGGAAGCUGCCAUGGAUGUAGGAUGGGUAUUGGUGACCCAUCAGACACUGCUGAGGGUCCCCCAGCAGGACUCUAGGCCCCAGGGAGCUGGUGGAGCCUAUUGCCUGCCCUCCUUGGAGCCAUAGAAGAUCAGUAGGAUAUACCUGCCAGUAGUGCUGGGCUCCUUCUCUGGAGACCCAGCUGCCCCCGAGACAGGGCAGUCCUGAGCCCAGUGUAGCAGAGGGACCCAUGGCCACUGCAGCUCCCACAGAGAUUGGAUUUCUGUCAGUGUGGGGUCUAGUGACAGGCUCCUGUCACACCUGCUACCCUCUGGCACCAGCUGCCAGCCUGCAUCCUGCCUGUUUGUUCCUUGAGCUCCGAAAGAAGGAUCCGAAGACACUUCCCAAAUGUGUUUCUCAAGGGUUCCUCACCAGUGUCCCCUGCAGGAGGUUCGCAGAGGCCUUCUGAUGCCACUGUUGACGCCAGUCUCCUCCCUUGUCUGGCUAGCCCGGUGUAGGGAGGAUGACAGGCACUCCUGUGUCUGGCACAGAGUGGGCAGGGUGCCCAGCCGGUGGCUUCCCAGGCCGUUGCUGUGUCAGGAUGGAGCAUGCAGAGUGGGUUCUGCCAUUGGCAGAAGUGGAGCCAUGACACAGACCAGUGUGGCCAGCGCUCAAGUCCUCACAGCUCAGCCUGGUCCUGAUGCUGUGGGUGCGGAUUAGAGGGUAGGACUUCAGGGCGGGGCUCCCCAUGAAUGUGCUCCGGGAAGGAGCCCAAAGUCUACUUCCUGAUGAGACCUAGGCUCAGACCGGCCCUCAUCCGUGCUCCAGCUCACUUUCUACUCUACACCUGAUCACCGAUGUUGGAGACUUUCAGGGUGUGGCCUGUGGACUACGCCAUCGGGACUAAUUACUGCACAGCACAGAGGUGCUAGCCACGGUGAGCCUAGGUGUUGCUUUUAGUAGUUUUCUAACUUAAUAAAAGUGAGGAAGUUUCUGACUUUCCUUUGUUCUAAA